AGACACAUCUUCAUUUUACUUUCUAGUGUUUUGUCUUUGAUCUCUCUCACUUACUCACUCAACCGUUCCUCCAAACAUAAUUCAAAUUCUAAUUUUUUCGAAAUCUGUAAAAAAGGAAUAUUCCGGCGUCGAAAUCGAGAAAACAUCCAACCUCUCCGGUAACAAUGGGUUGCGUCUCAUCAAACCUCCUAAAUCACGACGACGAUUUCCCUCAGAUCGGCGGCAGCUCCGCCUUCGGCCACCACAUCGUCAAUCUAACCUCCACUACUUACGGUCUUCUCACUCUCGAUCCUCCACCUACGUCGCCUCCUCAGACAACCACCACCGGUACGGACACAAAAAAGUCACUCUUGUCGGAGCCGGAGGUUAUCAACUCAUGGGAGCUUAUGUCUGGUCUCGACGGCGAGAGUUUCCGCUUCACUCCUCUCCCGAAGACUCCUCCGGUGAAGUACAAAGUCUUCGGCGGAGAUGACAAAGAGAAUUCAGAUCCCAACCGGCAAAAAAUUCCGACAAGAUCAUUAACCAAAGAGGUUCUGAAACCGUUGGAUCCGACACUGUCGGAGAGAUUCGAGAGGAUCUGUCCUCCAGGCGGAGAGAAUCGAGUUGUGAUCUACACGACGUCGUUGCGCGGCGUGCGUCGGACGUUCGAGGAAUGUAACGCCGUGAGAUCGGCGGUGGAGGGGUCCGGUGUAGUGAUCUGCGAGAGAGACGUGUCGAUGGAUAGAGGGUUUAGAGAAGAGCUGACAACUCUGAUGGCGAAGAGGAUCAGUAACAGUAACGGUAACGGUAACGGUAACGGUAACGGUGAGGCUUCUGCAUUGCCGCCUAGGGUGUUUGUGAAGGGAAUGUACAUUGGUGGAGCAGAGGAAGUGUUGAGAUUAGUGGAGGAAGGUGUUUUCGGGGAGAUGAUUCGUGGGUUGCCGAGUAAGAAAGCGGGAGGAUGCGGCGGCCGUGGCGGUGGUGAUGGAGAUGGUGCUUGUGAUGGAUGCGGCGGAUUGUUUUUCUUGCCGUGCUUCCGGUGUAACGGAAGCUGUAAAGUUGUGAAAGGAUGGGGUAGCUCGGCCGUUGUUGUGAGGUGUACGGAGUGUAAUGAGAACGGUCUUGUUCCAUGUCCGAUUUGCAGCUGAGAGAGAUUUGAGUCUUUGAUUCCUCUGUUUAUCUCUUUUAAGUCUAUGAAAGCUAAAAAAAAAAAAAAUCUUGUUCUCAUAGAGAAUAUGAAUGUGUAACAGUUAUGUAUAAUUCAAUACAAGCCCUUUUAUUUU